AUGUCUCUUUAUUUCUUAGAGGCGAACACCCACGUUCCAGUGACUAUUGAGUCGAUGCCAACGACUUCCACCGACGUCUCCCCGACGAAACAGCCCUGCCAGGAAAAGCCGAUAAUACAGGGUAAUGCUGAGCUUCCACCACUUUUGGUUGCUGCUGACUCACCCUUAGUUACGCCGAAGCAGCGCGCCUCGGCGCCGGAGUUACCGACAUCCCUCGACGACGAUGAGGAGGAGUACUUUUCGCAGCCGCCGUCGAGCACACUGUUUUUUUCGAAGAAGAACCUUGUUGUCGGAAUUCCCAUUGUUCUCACACCACUGCUCUAUGGUUACAACCUCGGAUUUGUUGGUCCGUACUCCACAAUUUAUGAAUAUGCGUCCGACUGCCAGCUGUAUAAAACGGAAAAGUCAUGCGAGACGCUGACUGCGACGAAGUGCCGGUGGUUCAACGCAUCGACGUACACAGGCAACACGACGUACGGUGAGGUGUGCGGGUGGUCCGACAAGACGACGUGCUUCUUAAAGUACAGCGACGAGGCGAGCUGCUUGUCAGAUUCUGUAUGCAAGUGGAGCUACUCUACCAACACCUGCAGCAACCAGGUUGGCUUCUCCUCGCUCCAGAGUGGCGUUUUUGCUGGGUCUUUGGUCAUUGGAUCCACGGUUGGCGCACUGAUGGGCGGGUACCUGACUAAGCGUCUUGACUACCGAAAGAGCUUCUUGAUUAUUGGAAUUAUCAGCAUAAUUGGCAAUGCUCUGACGCAUCUGGCAACAGGAUUGUUUCACUACUGGGUGUUGUUUGUUGCGCGUAUCGUGCUUGGCUUUCCUCUGGGUUGGCAGUCCAUCGCGUCCCCCCACUACACGGACAAGUUUGCCCCCGCUGAUCAUGCCAAGACACUCGGCACGCUGUUCCAGGUUUCGGUCUCGACAGGCAUUUUUAUCACUUCGUUCUUCGGUCUGGUGCUCGGCAACACGAUUCACUACAAUACGAACCGCAAUGCCAACACCAUGGGCCGGAUGCAAGUCCUCGUCACCGCUUCUACGGUCUUAUCAAUUUUUGUGCUUUUCCUGCCACUUAUCACGAAGGACGGCUACAGCAAGAGCAAGAGAGCGGACUACGAGGAGGAAAAGGAUGAGGAUGCUUCUAGGAAGGCGACGGAGAAGUACACCAUGAUGCAGAUGAUUGGACCCAUCCUGAACGGCGUGGCGAUGGGGUGCGUGGCACAGCUGACCGGCAUCAACGCGAACAUGAACUUCGCCCCUACUAUCAUGUCGAAUCUUGGGCUGCAACCUCUGGUUGGCAACAUCAUUGUCAUGGCGUGGAACAUGCUGGCAACGUUCUGCGUGAUUCCGCUCUCGAGGAGGUUCUCUAUGCGGACGCUGUUCCUCUUCUGCGGUUUUGUCGGCUCUCUGUGCUGCGUCUUCCUCGGCGGCAUUCCGGUGUACCCUGGCGUAACGAAGUCUGACGAGGCAGUGAGCGGCAUUGCCAUUACUGGGAUUGCCAUCUUCAUUGCUCUUUACGAGAUGGGCGUGGGCCCAUGCUUCUACGUUCUCGCAGUGGAUGUCUUCCCUGAGUCGUUCCGGCCGAUCGGCUCGUCGAUCACGGUGGGUGUGAUGUUCAUUUUCAAUCUGAUCAUCAACAUUUGCUACCCAAUAGCGACGGAGGGCAUCUCUGGUGGUCCGUCAGGGAACCAGAACAGGGGCCAGGCUGUCGCGUUCAUCUUCUUUGGCUGCAUCGGCGUCGUGGCUUGUGUCAUCGAGUAUUUCUUCCUGCAGCCAUGGGGGGAGCCAGGGGCUAAGAUGGCGGAUAACUUUGACGGAGUGGCUAUACGGGAGGGCGACACGACUGAGGUAGCCUAG